AUGUCUACUACUACACUGACCACAAAAUCUGAUUUCAUCUACUCGGAGAAAGAGGCUCGCACCUCUCUAUCUGCAAGUAGUUCAACUACACUAUACACUUUGGACGACCAGUCCCCUUUCCACGCGGACCGGACUCUUCUCAUCGACUCUCGAGGCAUAGGAUGUUUCAGACUCCCUAUUCCCAACCGCCAGCUCGAAAUCGCCAUCACCCACCCCGACGGCCACCCGGCAUACAUCUCAACCCGCGACCGGCUCUGGUCCGGGAAUAGCCUACUGUCCAACGAUAAACUCGGCGAUUUGAUUCGGACAGAGUACUUUUUCGGUCCAAAUCGGGAUCCCGUCUUGCAUUUACUGCAAAGCUCCAGUGGGGAGUCGGAAGAGAUACGACUCCGUGGGGAAUGGACUUCGCGUUCGACUCGCUUUACGACCCCCUCGGGGGGUGAGUUGCGAUGGUCUUAUGCGAAAGAGAAGCGCCCUGAUGGUCAUAAGGUUAAUUUGAUUGUUUUGAAUGUGGUGGAGCACUCUGAUGGGGAUCGCAAAGCAGCGCAGACUUCGGAGCGUCGGCUGGCGCAGCUUUUGCGAUGCGCGGAGACGAGGACUCCACAGACGUCCAGGUGUUCCGCGGGGAAUGGGGGGACUCUGCAGAUGGAUGAGGAGGCGUUGCGGGCAAAUGGGAUUGAUGAGUCUGUUGUGGUUGCGACGUGUCUGGUGAUGUUGAAGAAGGAGGUUGAUCGGCGUCGUAUGAUUCAAAUGAUGGUGAUGUCUGGGGCAGCGAGUGGUGGACCUUGA